AUAAGCCAUUAUGAAUAUUUACGAAUAAAUCACGAACGCCUUGACUAGCCUUAUUAUAUAAUAAUCUUUUUUGUUUAAUGUUCUUACACUUAAAUACAUAAUUUAAUAAUGUACUUAAUUGAUCUAAUUUUCAAUAUUUUAAUAUAACGUAUGUUUUAGGAUUGUGUGUGUUCGUAUUUACCUCAUUAAUUACAAACAUUUCGAUAUGACUUUGACGAACAAGGGAUCUAUUCGAUUGAUGGUUUGAUACUUUAAUCUGCCGAUAUUGUACAGUUCUUUUUCCUUUGUCUAAAUGAUUAAUUUGUUCGACGUUCAGUUUUAAAUUAAUUGAGUACAACAAACUAUCACAAUGUCAUUCACAUUCUCAGUGUUCACUUAUAUUGUGGCCAUGGUAUCAGAUGCAUUUUUAAUAUUUUUUUCAAUAUUCCACGUUAUUGCAUUUGAUGAACUUAAAACUGAUAGCAAAAAUCCUAUAGAUCAAUGUAACAGUCUAAAUCCAUUAGUGAUUCCUGAGUAUAUGCUACACUUUUUCUUCAAUGUUUUAUUUUUGUUUGGAGGCCAGUGGAUUUCAUUUGCUAUUAAUGUACCAUUAAUGGCAUAUCAUGUUAAAAGAUAUCAAAGUAGACCAGUAAUGUCUGGUUUUGGUCUUUAUGAUCCUACAAGUAUUAUGAAUGCUGACAAAUUGCAUAAAUAUCAACGCGAGGGUUGGAUAAAAUUAUCAUUUUAUCUGUUCUCAUUUUUUUAUUACUUAUAUGGAAUGAUACGAGCGUUGAUAACAGUGUAAAUCAUAUCUUCGAGCAUUGGUUUUGUGCAUAUUUAUUCAGUUUCAUUGGUAUAAAACAGCUAUUUUUUUUAUAUAAUUCUACCUCAGGUUACUUGUUCUAUAUAUCAAAUGAGCAAAACAAGAUGUAGAACUAUUGAAGCCCAAUUUUUGUAUAUUUUUUUUGUUCUAUUGUAAUUUAGUGACAUUAAAAAAAAUAACAAAUCAAUAUUGAUCAUUUUUGAAUUUGUUAUCUUAUAUAAAAUUGUUUGAUGUGUAUUGCAAAAUAUUUUGUAUUAAUUGCAAUAUUUGAUUUCUUUUAUUAGAUUUGAAGAAAAGUCAUUGUGGAUGUUUUUGGUAUGCAGGGGAAAAAAUAGUGGUAUUUGUUUAUUUUGUAGUCUUGUUAUUAAUUUAAUAUUAGUAGUCUACACUUCAUAUAAUUUAAUGUCAGUGUGUUCUGAUUGUCCAAAGUGCUUACUAAUAUGAUGUUAAUAAAAUUGUAUUUCUUGUAAUCUAUAUAAAUAAAAAUGGUUGUCGCUUUUUA